AUGAAUAAAAGGAUAUUUAGUUUAGUUUGUAUCGUCUUAUAUUCCCUUUUGUCUGUGUCAGUACAUUGCUCCGAACAGAAAGUAUCUGUUGUAGGAUAUACAAGUGAUAUAGGUACUAAAGAAACAAACCAAAGUAACGAAAAAAAUGAUAUAGAAUCUACACGAGAAACACAAUUAAAGAAUAACAAUCCUAAAUAUGAUGCAGAUGAUUGA